CUAAUUCUUAAUUGUUUAGGAUUAUAUCUCAUACCGACAAGUUGAAAGUUCCUUGAAAGUUCUUAUUUUCCACCCAUUCACACUUCAUAUUAUUCACAAUUCAUCCGUGUUUUCUCCCUCAAAGCCGGGACACUACACAAUUUGAACAAAUUUCUCAUUGGCUAUGGAGACAAUGACUCAUUCUUCAACCUUCCUCCUCCCAUAUCCUCCCGCCGACAACGCCGCCACGUUGACGUACGUGCUCGUCGUCCUCAACCGGCGCCUCCCACGGUUCACUCCUCUCCUCUGGAAGCACGCACAGCUCCGUAUCUGUGCAGACGGCGGCGCGAACCGACUGUAUGAUGAAAUGCCGCAGCUGUUUCCCGAUGAAGAUGCUGCAGAGAUACGCAAAAGGUAUAAGCCAAAUUCAAUAAAAGGAGACAUGGAUUCAGUUAGGGAAGAAGUUUUGGGAUUCUACAAAGAUCUGGGAACCGAAGUAGUUGAUGCAUCGGACGAUCAGGACACCACAGAUUUACAUAAAUGUGUUGCAUAUAUUCAAGAAAUGCCCAAUCUGAAGAAUCAAGAACUUGGCAUUCUUGUUGCUGGUGCACUUGGUGGAAGGUUUGACCAUGAGGUUGGAAAUAUCAAUGUUCUGUGCCGUUUUCCAAAUACGAGAAUCGUUCUUCUUUCGGAUGAUUGCCUCAUCCAACUCCUUCCUUGCAGUCAUCGUCAUGAGAUUUACAUACAGCCGGCCAUUGAAGGACCUCAUUGUGGGCUCAUACCUAUCUCUGGACCUUCGAAAACUGAUACGGAAAUGAGAUUCGGUGGACUUAUCAGCACAUCAAAUAUCGUAAAAGCGGAAAAAGUAACUGUGCAAGCCGAUGCCCAUCUCCUCUGGACUAUAUCCAUCAACAAGAAAGGCAUGCUGGCGAGUGACCGUAGAGUAGGGAGAGAAACGGAGACGAAAGCUAUCGCGUGCUUCUCUGUGGACGUCGUAACAGGUUUGGGCCGCGCCGCCGUCUCUUGUUUCAAAAUUGUUGCCGCGAUUAGGCUUCCGCUUUCACUACUCAAGACUGCACAAGGUCACCCUAUGUUAGUGGAACUGAAAAAUGGGGAAACAUACAAUGGUCACUUGGUUAACUGCGACACUUGGAUGAACAUCCAUCUCCGUGAAGUUAUAUGCACCUCAAAGGAUGGAGAUAGGUUUUGGCGAAUGCCGGAGUGCUACAUCAGAGGGAACACAAUUAAGUAUCUUAGAGUUCCAGAUGAGGUGAUUGAUAAAGUUCAGGAGGAGUCGAAAAGCCGUUCUGAUAGAAGGCCACCUGGCGUAGGGCGUGGAAGGGGAAGAGGUAGAGAAGAUGGCUCAAAAACAAAAGGUAUUGGCCGUGGAAUGGAGGAUGGAGGUGCCCGAGGCGCAGGUGGAAGCCGAGGCAGGGCUGCACCUGGAGGAAGGUCCGGUGGAAAUCGAGGUGCUGGUGGAGGUCGAGGCCGGUGAAAGGUGGUUUUACAUAUAAUCGGAGUCCCAAAAUGUGGUUGAGCUAUAUUUGUUACUUGGAAUUUAACUUCAAUUAUUCAUUGUCAUCAGAAUUCAGGAACAUCUUUCAGAUUGGUUAGCACAAUUAUCGUGCGUUUGAAAACACUGCAAACCAUUUCGUUUAAGCAUGGUUCAUUGUCCCGUGCAUUGUUUUGCCUUUUAUAUACAGAUCUUUUCAUCUGAAUUUAUUAAUAUUUGUUUGAAAAUUCAGAUGAUUUGUGGGGUGAGUUUAGAAAGUUUUUGUUGUUGUGAAAGUAAUAAUACGAAAGUUGUUAGUAUUAAAAUCUUAUGUUCUAUGUUCUGAUUCAGUAUAAUCAAAGGUGACGCUGACAAUUUAUGAGCUCUGCCGGUGGGCCGGCCCAAUCCUACCCAACGUUUACUUACGUGAGUGAUCUUGGGCUGAAAGAAUUCCUGGCUGGCCUGAUAAAUCUAUGACUUGUUCUGAAUUUGGGCUGUUCUGGCCACCUAGUUCUUGAUAAUUUUACUUUUUUCCAUUUAUAUGUUUC